ACAACUAUGCGUAACGACGCGUGCCUCUAGUGGCACCGUGGAAGGAGGAUCGUCAGACGCACGCAGAAACACGGCUAUGAGCGCUGCCUUCCUAUCCAGCACAAACUAAAGCAAGUAAUAAUAAUUUAAAAAAAGAUUUGUAAAAGAAAUUCAUUUUUGGAGCAGACGGACGCUCCUCUGCGACCAUCCUCGCGUAACAACGGCGCGCAACUGGAGCGGAGCGGGUUUCCACCACUGCGUUUUGAGCUGUUAUCAGAACUGGAACGGAUGACUAGAGUGAUUAAACUGGAGGAAGCGAUCCUGAGUCGGCGAAGUGUUGCAAUUUCUUCUUUUUUUGCCUCCCUUUCGGAGGACAGAAUCAUUCGAGGAGAACUAAACUUCCGCAGGCGCAGUUCUCCUCCUUCACGGCGACGCUAGAGUUCGGUUCGGCUGAUGCCCCGGUACUUGUCUUACUUCCCUGUAGACAAAAAGCAUCGCUUGUGAGGGGGUAAGAGGGAGACUCCUGCGGGGUGAUUGCAGGUGUUUUUCCGCUCAUCCGCCAGUCAGGGACCAAAGGAGGGGGGUUCAUCCUCAGCAUCCAAAGACUGGGGGGGGAAAGGAACCCGGGGAUAAUGUUGCACCAAGAACAAUGAGCGCAGAGUUGUCGCAUUUCCCCUUUCCCACACAGAAUUUAGUGUUGAUGAGCAAUUCUUUGGAUUUUUAAAAAGUGGAUCUCGCGACUUUGCAACCAUGAGAAAUACUUGGCUGUCUACCCGGAGCGCGAUUUGGGAAUAUUGGACAUCGCUGAUUUCGUGUCUCUUUUGGAUUCAGUACUCUUGUGGGAUGCCUCAUGUUAUACGAAUAGGUGGAAUUUUUGAACAAACAGAUGGACCUGUUUCUCUUGUUAGUGCCGAGGAGCUUGCUUUUAAAUUUGCUGUGAAUAAUAUUAACAGAAACAGGACUUUGUUGCCUAACACAACAUUAACAUAUGACAUACAGAGGAUUAAUAUCUAUGACAGCUUUGAGGCAUCAAGAAAAGCUUGUGACCAGCUAUCUUUAGGAGUAGUUGCCAUUUUUGGGCCUUCACAUAGCUCCUCGUCAAACGCUGUGCAGUCCAUCUGCAAUGCACUGGAAGUUCCGCACAUCCAGGUUCGAUGGAAACAUCACCCCAUGGACAACAGGGACACGUUUUACGCCAAUUUAUACCCGGAUUACUCAUCGUUAAGCUAUGCUAUUCUGGACCUGGUUCAGUUUCUCAAGUGGAAAACAGCCACCGUUGUAUAUGAUGACAGCACAGGUCUAAUAAGGCUGCAGGAGCUGAUAAUGGCACCAUCAAGAUACAACAUUCGAUUAAAGAUCCGCCAGCUUCCGCUCGACACGGAAGAUACGAGGCCUCUUCUCAAAGAAAUGAAGAGAAGUCGGGAAUUUCGGAUCAUCUUUGACUGCAGUCACCACAUGGCUGCCCAGAUUCUAAAACAGGCCCAGACCAUGGGGAUGAUGACAGAGUAUUACCACUAUAUCUUCACCACUCUGGACCUGAUGGCUAUUGACCUUGAGCCAUAUCGCUUUUGUGGUGUAAACAUGACGGGCUUCCGCAUCCUCAAUGUGGAUAAUCCUCAGGUUGCAUCCAUAGUGGAGAAGUGGUCUAUGGAAAGGCAGAUACCCCCCAAACCAGAUUCAGGCCUGCUGGAGGGCAUCAUGACGACAGAUGCAGCUCUGACCUAUGAUGCAGUCCACAUUGUAUCCGUCUCAUACCAACACGCUCCACAGAUGACUGUGAACUCGCUCCAGUGUCAUCGCCACAAACCCUGGAGAUUUGGAGGGCGCUUCAUGAGUUUCAUCAAAGAGUCUCAUUGGGAUGGUUUGACUGGAAGACUUUCCUUCAACAAGACAACUGGUCUGCGCACAGACUUCGACCUGGACAUCAUCAGCCUAAAGGAGGAUGGGCUUGAAAAGGUGGGGAAGUGGAGUGCGUCAGGAGGUCUUAACAUCACAGAAGUGCUGAAGCGAAAAGGAAUGAACAUCACUGAUUCCCUGGCUAACCGCUCCCUUGUUGUCACCACCAUUCUGGAGGAGCCAUAUGUCAUGCUUAAGAAGUCUGACAAGGCGCUGGUAGGGAACAACCGUUUUGAAGGAUUCUGCAUUGACUUGCUGAAGGAGUUGGCAAACAUCCUGGGCUUCACGUACGAGAUCCGCCUGGUGCCGGACGGGAAGUACGGCUCUCAGGACGACAAGGGCCAAUGGAGCGGCAUGAUCAGGGAGCUUAUAGAACACAGAGCCGACUUGGCAGUGGCCCCCCUCACCAUCACCUACACCCGUGAGAAAUUCAUCGACUUCUCCAAACCCUUCAUGAGCAUGGGCAUCAGCAUCCUGUAUCGCAAACCCAACAACACCAACAGCGGCUUUUUCUCCUUCCUGAAUCCCAUGACUCCAGACAUCUGGGUGUACAUCCUCCUGGCCUACCUUGGUGUUAGCUGUGUUCUUUUUGUCAUUGCCAGAUUCAGCCCCUAUGAAUGGUACGACGCUCAUCCCUGUAAUCCCGGCUCAGAUGUGGUGGAGAACAACUUCACCCUCCUCAACAGCUUCUGGUUCGGAGUCGGCUCCUUAAUGCAACAAGGCUCAGAACUGAUGCCCAAAGCUCUGUCGACCAGGAUCAUCGGUGGAAUCUGGUGGUUCUUCACGCUCAUCAUCAUUUCUUCAUACACCGCAAAUUUAGCUGCUUUUCUCACGGUGGAGCGAAUGGACUCGCCGGUGGACUCAGCUGAUGACAUCGCCAAGCAGACCAAGAUCGAGUACGGUGUGGUCAAAGAUGGAGCGACCAUGGCUUUCUUUAAGAAAUCAAAGGUCUCCACAUUUGAGAAGAUGUGGGCUUUUAUGAGCAGCAGACCAAGAACAUCGCUAGUCAAGUCCAUCGAAGACGGGAUUCAGAGGGUGUUGAAGUCAGACUAUGCACUCAUUACGGAGUCCACCACUAUUGAUUAUAUCACCAGGAGAAACUGUAAUCUGACACAAGUAGGAGGGAUUAUUGACAGCAAAGGCUACGGCAUCGGCACUCCCCUCGGCUCACCGUACAGAGACAAAAUCAGCAUUGCAAUCCUGAGCAUCUUGGAGGAUGGGCUCCUGCAUAUUUUGAAAGAGAAGUGGUGGAGUGGGAGCAGCUGCUUGGAUGAAGAGCAUCGCGAGACAGGCCCCAUGGGUAUCCAGAACCUGGGUGGUAUAUUUAUUGUCUUGGCAUCGGGCCUGGUGGUGUCCGUGUUUGUGGCAAUCGCUGAAUUCGUCUACAAGCUGAGGAAGACUGCGGAACGUGAGCAGAGGUCUUUGUGCAGCGCCAUGGUGGACGAGAUCAGACUGUCGUUCACCUGCGAGAGACGGGUGAAGCACAAGCCUCAGCCUCCGGUCAUGGUGAAGACGGAUGCGGUGAUCAACAUGCACGCCUACAACGACCGACGACUCCCGGGAAAGGACAACAUGAGCUGCAGCACUGGGAUGACCCCUGUCUUCCCAUGACAAUGUGUUCCCCACAGGGCAAGAACCUCGUGAGCAACGUGUCGGGGGCGGUGCCAGAACCUAGAGACAAUGGCUUAGAUGGGCUCAGCAGAUACACCAUCAACCACAGUGACAUAGGAACACUAACAAAACACGGCCAACUCAAAAUGGCAGCGUCGGCCACACAGGUAUGACAACUCACUCUGUAAUCAAACUAAAUCAAUAUUUGGAAAGAAUCUGAGGGGGGGAAAUACCUUCUAAAUAGAUACAAUACACCCGAAUCUGUCUGAAGUCUGAUGUUUACGAAUAUGAUGCAAACAAAAACACAAUUCUCAUAAGGACAAAAGUCAAUCAUUUCAGAGAUAGAAAAUCUGAUAUGAAAAUACGGCCUAAUUAAAAUCAAAAAGGCUUUUUUUGGAAAACGGCAAUAAGUGACUUUGAUACAAUUAAAGGAAGAUAAGGCAGUUUUCAUCAAAAAUCUAUUUUCUCAUUAAUUUGUUGUGUCAAGUUCUCAUGUUUUUCUUUUUUUUUAACAUGUUGAUUCACAUUUUCCUGAACAGGCUUUGGCAGAAGAAAAUAGUGUUACCUCAGAUAAAUGUGGGAUUAGCUGGAUGUCUGCCUCACAUACUGUUGGAAUACUAAUUUAGUAUGAGCAGCACUGUGACUGGGGGAACGUACGGCAGGAUGGGAAACGCUAAAUCUACAGUUGUUGUAGCCGUGUCAUUGCACAAGGGCAGCCAUGAUCACUGAUGCAAACUGGGUUGUUGAAACAUCUACUGUGUAUUAAAGAAAUCCCAAAAUGGACAAUUAUAAAUCAUUUGGAGGGUUUUUUACAACAUUACAUUUCUUUGUAUAUAAUCCAGUUGUAACCAGUUUAAAUAUCGAUUGCCAAAGAUCUGAAUAUUCAACAGAAAUAGAAUCGGAACAGUGUGGACCAGAACUGUUAUUUUGUGUGUGUGUGUGUUCAAUGAAAAGUGAAAUUUAGUAGUUUAAAUGGGAAUAUAAAGAAAUCUGUUCAUGCAAGGUGAUGUGUGUAAACUGCAUUUAGGUGUCAUAGCAUGUUUUUUUUUCUUUUCUCUGUUAUUUAUUCCACCUCACCCGGACAUCUUUCAGCACCCUAAAGAAGAUGAUUCUUAGAUCUUGUUUAACCAUAUUUUAGGGGUUUAAAUUAUUAAUGAUGAUCAAAAAAAGAUUUUCAGUUGGCAAAUGUGAAAUUGAUGCAUUACAAUCCAAGUGGAACAUUUUCACUCUGCUCACUUGAAACAUCACAGAGACUUUAUACUGGGUCCAUUACGUAAGUAUUUUAUACUAAAAUAAUAACAAAACUGUCGAAUGUCUCAGUCACGUUUGAAGGAAGGAUGCAUUGAAACAGGUUGUCAGAUUUACACCUUUUAAAAAGGCCAUACUUCCUGGUUCCAGAGCCAAUCACGUGUGAGGGCAAAAUGUUGUAAAGUCUUCAACGCAAACUGCCGACGUUCGUAAUUCAUCGCCAGCAAAAAGCAGCAGCGUUGUGGACAGAAUGGAAGCCAGUAAAUGCGAUUCUGAUAAACCUAAGAACGGCAUCUUUCCUGGAUUUAUGAAUCGCACAUUUGUUUUACUCUAAUAUCAGAUAACGAUGGCUAGAGGCUAACAAUGCUAAUGGUGAACUAUAAAUAAAUAUCUCAUGCUAUGUUUUUUAAAUAUCUACAGAUUGAUAUUACAGUGACAUGGAUUCAUCAACUUGAUGUGUCUUCGGUCGUCACAUAGAUCCUUCCGGCGUUGAUCCUUAACUGGGAACAGUCGCUCAGAGCAGACUCGUUUGUUUUAAUAGAUGGACUGCAGUACCCAAGUUUGACCACAGGAUGUCAGUCUUCCUUCAUGCACCUUUAGGCUGCACAAUUUCAAACUUGGAUUAUUUAGCAUCUUUUUGCAGUUGCUGGUUUAGUUAUUUCGGUAUGCUCUCUUGUAAUGAAGUCAGUUCUACAAAAAUCGUUGCAUCUAAAAACGCAUCUAUUCUUCAAAAAAUUGUGGAUAAAAGAGGCUGUGUUGUAGAAUAGUCACAUUCAAUAUAAAUGCUUUUUGUUAAGUUUUAAAAAGAAAAAUCAUGAAAUCAUAAACUUUUUGACAUAUGCCAUCCUUUGUGAAAAAUCUGAAAUCCGCUAAAGAUGCUAAAAAGUCUCACUGGGCUGCAACUUGCUGACCAACUGAAGGAACAAAAUUGAAAGAAAUUGUCAUUUCCCCUUGGAAAUGCACCAAUUUGGUUCUUUAAACACUUAGGUGAAGUUUGCAUAAUUGUGCUAAUAUAACACCAAGCUGUUUAUAUCGCACCACAUUUGUGUAAAUUUUGUGCUAAUUGUCGCAGUUUAGUGAGGAUUAAAUCUCUUUUUUUAAAUGUAAUUUUUUUUAUUUUAUUUUUUUUUUUUACAAAUGAAUAGCCAACCUGUCACAUACGUUACUCGCCUAUUUCCCAUUUUCCACUCAUGGAAACUUGAUUGCACGAGUUUCAGAGAUGAACUCCUGACAUCAGCAGCAACUCCUAAUGAGGAAAAACUCUUGCAUCGAUUUUUCAAACAUGUCCAAAUUUAUGGUGCUUAUUAGCGCCCAGUGGGAUACUGGUUUUAGCUGGUACAACAUUAGAUCCAACUUGUGUGUCCCGAUUAAGUUAAAGUAGCAGAGACAAAGGAAGAGACUGCUGAAAAGAAAAGUGCAUUUUUGAUAAGAACAUUAAUGAAUUCAUUCUCAUUGCACUUUGAGCUGGUUUUUGUAACAGGGCUACUGAAUGUUCCAUGUACUUCUUGUUUCUUGUGUGAUCUACAGGCUUUUGGCUUGUAGAAAGGUUGUUCUGCAAUACUGAAAACUCUUUGAGGAGGAGAGCUUAUCUCUGACUAAAAGUCGGAUGACUGUUGUGUUUAAUUACCAGAUGUGGACUGAGUAAAUCCAUAUUUGUCAUGAUGGAACAUUCUGAAAGACUGUGGGAAACAGAGGAAAAAGACAGUAGAUAAUCCUGUGCUUGUGUUGAUGUGUUGCCUAUAUUGAGUAUAUCUUCAGCAAAUGUCAUCCCGAAGGAAGACUCAAGGAGUCUGUGAGCUGCUGUCACCUAGGAGCUGAGGGAGCAGUAAACCUCUGUGAGGUUUAAAGAGUCAAUACGCAGAGAUGAGAGAAAAAAAACAAAAAAAAGGCAACUAUCAAUGAUUCAAGGAAACUAAUCUGUAAAAUUUAGCAUCGGUUUGGUAGAAACUUAUUGUACAAUUGUUUAUUGAUGAUCUUCUGCUAAGUAGAGUAUGUAGAUAAGAUUGGCAGAAGAUGUAUUUUGCUAAAUUUAUACAUUAUGAAACCAUUCUGUUCACAAGUCUAUGUUCUAGAUGCUAUUUAUUUCAUUACAGAGGACACUUUAACCCACUUUCUCACUUUAUCCUGACUCCACUGCCCCAGUUUAUUUCAUAGAAAUGCAUUAUAAUAUGGUAUAUUUGAUUUCUUUCAUCUAGAUGAGAAAACGUACAUAAACCGUCUUUUUUAUGAUGGCGACUAUAUUUCUAUGAGGUGAACAUAAAGGAGAAAGAAUGAGCUUCCCGAAGAGUGCUGGGGUCACGUUCUUAGAGUACGUUUAUCUCGUGUCAAUGGACCUUUUCAUGAAAGCCCAAUCACAACUUGGCCUAAAGUAUGACUGCUGCUGUUGUGAGGUUAUACUAUAAUUCUGUCACACUGAUGUGUACUGUAGCUUUUCGUGCAGGUAAUUUAAAGACUCAACGAUCGUCGUACGACACUUCUUUAAUUACAAUUUGUUAUCACAAUCAAAAGCUGUUCGAAUUUACUACAGGGUUUCUACUUUGGCUGAUAGAGUCGGUUUGGUUACAGAAUAUAUAUAUAUAUAUAUAUAUAUAUAUAUAUAUAUAUAUAUAUAUAUAUAUAUAUGUCCUUUUUUUAAAAAUAAAUUAAUGUGAAUACUGUCAUUUUACAAAUAAAAGAUGUAUAAAAUGUGAUAGAAAAGUAACACACAAUGUAAUCUACAUUAACUCAACAUUAUCAGUGUGUGACAUGAGUUCUUAUUUCCCAGCCAUGAUGAUAUGCCUUUUUACGUACACGUUUGUUUUUUUAGUUGUAAAGCUUCUAUCGUUUUGCAGAAAACCUCUCAAACAAUAUGACAAACAUGUUGGUGCCAACCAGGGUUUUCUUUGUGAACAUGCAGAAUUUCUAUGAAUAUAGUUUUUUGUAAGGCUUUGUUAAAAAAAAACAUGAAUAAAAUCUUUUUAAAAAGGGGAGGGUGGGUUUUUGUUUUCCCUGUAAGUGUAUGUGUUAAGAGAACGUGUGAAUAAAACGUUGAGGGGGGAAAAUCGACAAAGUACUAUAGAAAAACUACUGAAUUAUUUUCUUUUGAACACACUGUGAAUAAUUUAAUUGUACAGUUUGAUGUAUGGGUCAAAUGAAGUUUUAAAUAAAAAAUACAACCUCAUAUCAGAA